AUGAAACUCAUUCCCGUUUUGCUCAUGGCUACCAUGGCCGCUUGCCAAGAUAUACGAGUCUGGUGCAGCACUUCUAAACAACUUCGCCAAGACUACUGCCCCGGCAAUUAUAAUUCUCCUUACCCUGUUUACUGUUGUAGAUACGGCCCUGGGAAAGGAUUUCCUUAUUUGAAAAAUCCGUACGGACGUGUAUUCAACAAGGAUGGUAGUGACUAUGCGAAGUGUGAAAAUGGCGGAACCUACUUCUGUAUUCUCCCUUAG